ACCCACUUUACUUCAGGAAGUGUAUUUCCUCCCCUUUCUUUAUCUAAAGGAAGUGCCAAAAUAAGCAUUUCGGAGCGCCCAAGCUUGGGACACCUUUUCCACUGGCCACUCGGUUGGAGUCUGGGGAAGAAGUCAGAGGAGUUCACGGACGCAGAGUGACCAUGAAGACUAUAAGGGUUCUUGUCCUUCUUCUGUUCGCAUCUGUCCAUGUCUUCACAUCAGAUGAAUCAGCAAGACCAACAACAGCACCAAGUGCUGCAGCAGCCACAACAACCACAACAGUAUCUGAAGCAACACCAAGAGCUGCAGCAACCACAACAACCACGACAGUAUCUGAAGCAACACCAAGAGCUGCAGCAACCACAACAACCACGACAGUAUCUGAAACAGCACCAACAAACCAAACAGCAGCCUCAACAGGAAACGCAACAGCAUCACUAGCCUCAACAUCAAUACCAAAUUCAACCAAUGAAUCUCACUCUGCUGCUAAUGAAAUCACUAGUGAACGUGUUUCUAACAAAACUGAGACUGCUUCACCUACAUCAGCAUCUGCAGACCACCGCAAUGUGACCACUGACAAGAUGGACAAUUACACUUUAGAUUUGACUGAAACUGGCACUGUGAAAACAGAAUCAACUUCCCCUCCUGCCACAGGAAACAACAUAUUGAUUAAAAAUUACAGUCAAGAACCAGACGACACCGCUGAAAAACCAAUCAAAGACACAACCACUCGUGCACCAGACAAAAGACUGUGGUGGAUUCUGUUGCCUGCCCUCCUGGUUGGAGCUGCCGCUGCCAUGGUCCUCAAAUUCAAAUGCAAGAAGAUCCACGAUCACUCAGAGACCAUUGAUACUGGAACCGAGAACGCAUCGUUCCAGAGCAGACCCGAAAGCACCAAAGAUGGUGUCAUGCUCCUCGGAGUGAAGUCAUCGGGAGCAGAGGAAAACGCUGCUGCGAGAUAAAAAGAAAGGCUGCAGCAUCAAGAUCCACCAUUGGAUGAGUCACACCUGUCGCCUGCACACCGAUGAUCUGGAGGAGCUGUUUAGAUGUGUGAUGUCUAUUUUUUAUGUGUGUCUGUGUGAAGUUUUGUUAAACAUUUUGUGAAGCAGAAACAGCGUUUUGUUUCUGUAUGAUUCUGUAUGCUGAAAGCAGGUUUAUAAAGCAGGGUUUGUGACCGUGAUCAUAAAUCUCAGAGUAAAAGAAAUUAUUCUUAAUCACAUUAUGUUCCUACAGACAUAAUACGGUAAAUCUCUUUGAAUUGAUGUCACAGGCUACAUACUGUAAGCAGCAUACUGUUAACAACGACAAACUGAAAUACAGCUGCAUAUGCAUAUUUCCAUCUUCAUGUUGGGACACAAAUCACGUUUUCUGCACAGUGCACUGACCUCAGAUCCAUCACAUAUUUAAUGUAAUAAAUCACUUACUUUCUAAGCUA